UCUAAUAUUUAAAAUUUUUCUAUUUUAUUUAAAUGUUAUGCACUAAUUUCAGAUACGGCCUAAUACAAAGUUCUGCACAUCAAAAGAAAUGGCAACACUAGCUGCAUUUCUUGCGCUGUUUUGAUUGCCGGUGUUUGCGAAUUCGGUUUAUUUAUUGAAAAAGGCUUCUAGAUAUAAGCAUGGAUUGCAGUGAUCGAUUAAAUACGGCAGAAUAUAGAUCCUCGCUUUCGUUAUUUUCUGCUGGCGAGGAAGACGCUUCAGUUCUUAAUAACAACGCCAAGAUUUGCAGCUUGGACCUUACUUUGCCCACAGAAAACGAUACUUUAGAGGAGGAGGCCAGCACAAAUAUAACCGUGCCCAAAUUAAGUAUAACAAUGGACCAAGAGGAAAAAGAAUUACUUAAACAACAAAAAGGGAGACAUUUACGAAGUGAUUCACUUCUCCGUGAGCUAAGUAAUACAAGUGGUCACUUCAACAAGUCCAUUAGUACACAGGAGACAGAUAAAAAUGAUACUGAAACUACAAAUAAGAGUAAUGAUAGCAGGGGCAAUGACGAAGAAGAGGAAAGCAUUAUACCAGUUGAAGACGAACAAACGGCAGAUGAGAGUACAUUGAAGGAUUCUAGUGUUGAAAAUAUUGAAAGACAAAUGUUUUCGCAUUUGCAGCCCGGCAAGCAAAACUUGACUACUGAAGCCCCAAUGGAGGUAGAAAAUGAUGCUGCAAAUGAAAAGGAAGAAAUUCAGGAAGAAUCUUACAUUGAAGAAGAUCCUUUGGAAACUAUGCCAGAUGAGAGUCAAUUUUUUAGAAAUCCUUUUAUAGAAUUGGGUAGGAGAUUGUGGAAAUCCAACGACCAAAAACAGUGUUAUACAAAGGGUUGUUUGUGGUCUCCAGAUGGCACAUGUUUAUUGGUGCCAAUUCAUAUGGAUGGAAUGCAUGUCAUAGAAUUGCCCACGGAUUUGUAUACUAUGCAAGAAAUAGACACAAACCGAGAAUUAAGUGCCCUCAGUACAGCGGUACAUGUAAAAGAAGGUGGUAUGGUUUAUGAUUGUUCAUGGUAUCCCUUUAUGAAUAGCACAGAUCCGGCCACAUGUUGCUGGUUGGCCACCAGACAGCAUGAACCCAUCCAAAUGUGGGAUGCAUUUACCGGAGAGUUGCGUUGUUCCUAUCGAGGCUAUGAUGAUGUUGAUGAAGUCGAAGCUGCAAUUUCCAUAGCCUUUAGCAAUGAUGGACAAAAAGUCGUAGGUGGUUAUAAGAAAAAUAUAAAGAUAUUUGACACCAACAUCCCUGGGCGUGAAUAUACCACAGUGCCUGUGAAACAAACUGUCUCAUGUUUUGCUUUUACCAAUCAAAAUGAUAAUUGUGUUACCACCGGUUCUUGGAACAGUCAUAUUUAUCAUUAUGAUUUGCGAGCACCUAAAUUGGGUCCACUUUUCGUUUUGGGUGACCAUACGGGAGGUAUAACGUGGCUCAAGUAUUCAUCAUACAACACAGAUAGCUGGUAUUUGUUUAGCGGAGCAAGGAGAGACGACAGGAUACUAAAGUGGGAUAUGCGUAAUUAUCAGCAGCCAGUGACGACAUUUAAAAGAAAUGUGUCGACAAAUCAAAGAAUAUAUUUUGAUUUGAGCCCUAUGCACAAGUGGCUUAUAAGUGGGGAUACCAAAGGUUUGUUACGAAUAUGGGACACAGAUGGCAACAUGAAUGAAGAAAAUCUACAGAUACCUUUACAUUCCGAUUGUUGUAAUGGAGUAAGUUUUCAUCCUUCUUUACCCAUCCUAUCAACAAGUUCAGGUCAAUUUCACUUCAACGAUAUAGACGGCAAUUUAAGAAAAUCAAGCGAUAAUGCAAUUGAAAAGGUAAUAAGUUAUGAAAAUUCUGUAUUGUUUCUAUGGUUUGGACCUUCAAAGCCUGCAGUCUAACCAUUUAUUAUUAAUUAAUUAUUGAAAAGGAAAAGUUGUGUCUUUGGAUAGGCACUUAAUAUUUAGUUUUAUAACUCGAUGUUAUUUAAAAUUUAAUUUAUAAAACUGAAAGUUUUAGUUA